AUGGCAACGACAGUUAAUCGUCGUCAGUUACGUGGAAAGCGGGCGGCAGCUAUAGAGGCUGAUGAACUUAUAUCUGAAAAUUUCAAUUUGGAAGAAGAUAAAGUUGAUGAUGUUGUAGAAGAGGAAGAGGAAUUAGAUUUGGGAUAUCAAAAAAUAGGAAUUCUUGAGAAGUAUGGAAUAGAUGCAAAGGAUGUUGAUAGAUUAAGAAAUGCUGGAUUUUUUACUAUCGAGUCGCUAAUAAAUGCAUCAAAAAUUCUUGAACAACGUGAAAAUAUGAUUAAGAUUCGUACAGGUAGUAGAGCAAUGGAUCGUUUAUUUGGUGGAGGUAUAGAAACGGGAAGUAUUACUGAAAUUUUUGGCGAAGCUGGUUCAGGAAAAACACAGUUAUGCCAUACAUUGGCUGUAAAUUGUCAGCUCCCUGGUGAUGAAGGUGGAGGUGAAGGAAAAUGUAUGUGGCUAGAUACUGAGGGUACCUUUCGUUCAGAAAGAAUUUUUAUGAUAAGUGAAGCUUUAGAUUUAAACUUUCAAUGUGUUCUGGACAAUAUUACAAUUGCAAGAAUAUAUAACAGUGAACAUCAAAUGGAAAUUUUAGGUGAAGCUGCAGCAUUAAUGACCACUUCUAAAUAUUCUUUACUUAUUGUUGACAGUGUUAUGGCUUUAUUUAGGAAUGAUUUUAGAGGAAGGGGUGAACUAGCAGACAGACAAUGUAAUCUGGCUAAAUUUCUGCGACACCUUCUUCGGCUGGCUGAUGAAUUUGGUGUUGCAAUUGUUUUGACAAAUCAGGUGUCUGCUACAGUUGAUGGUUCUGUUCAAAUGGGGGCACCUGAGAAAGUACCAGUUGGUGGGCAUAUUUUAGCUCAUGCUUCUACUACAAGAGCAUCAUUCGAAAAAGGAAAGAGGGGGAAAAGAAUUUGUAAAUUAUUUUCUUCUCCUGUUUUACCAGAAAGCGAAUGUCUUUUUAAAGUUGGUGAUGGUGGUAUUGAAGAUUAUGAAAAACAAUAA